AUGUCUAAAGACAAGAAGACGUUGGAAGGGGUGGCCAAGUACUUGAGAUUCAAUGUCCGCACCAAAGCUGCCGUUCUGAAGAGAGAAAAGGUGGAAUACUUCACUGGCAGUGCAGCCGUGGACACGCUCAUGAAGUCCAAGUGGGCCGUAGUGGCGGGAGAAGCGAGCGAGGGCGAAACUAAAAAACCCAAGAAACACGAAGAAGGAAGUGAAGUGGAGUUUCACACGAGGGCCGACGCUGUGUCGUUCUGUAACUACCUGAUAGACCUCCAGUACAUGCUGAGAGUCAACAAAGUGGAAGUGAAGGCUAGUACGGACACCACAGACACGGGAGACGACGAAGCGACUCAACCCUCGAAGUCUGUCGAGCAAGAGAGCGACCAACCAAAGAAACCAGCCAAGACAAAGGUGAAGGGAGAGGAGGCAAAGAAGAAAAAGAAGCGCUACAGACUCGAAAUUCACCAAAAGCAACAGUUUCGAGACAGUGAUGACCUCUAUAUAUGGAAGUACAACCCUCCCAGCACAAGUACGUAUGUGAUAGGGUUUGUGGUGGUCUUGGGCGCGGUGGCCUGGACCCUCCAACCUCUCUGGCCUGCCUCGACUAGAGUGGCCAUGUGGUACGUCGCCAUGGCCGCUGCGUGCGUCAUCGGAGUGCUGUUGGUUCUUUUGGUCCUCCGGUGGUUCCUAUUUGGCAUCGUCGUGGUCGCCACGCUGGGCAAAGUUCACUUCUGGGUGUUUCCGAAUCUCAACGAAGAGAAAUACGGUUUUGUCGACUCUUUCAAGCCAAUAUACUCCAUAGAACGCUCGGGAGACAGUUGA